GUCUCAAGCAGUACAGCAAGUAGAUUCAUCCCCAGCUCACUAAGGCAACCUCAGCUCGUCCCCACAGCAUAUGAAGCUGCUACAGGGUUACUUACACAACUAGAGUUGAGGUGGUGUCUGGAUAUUACUCACUGCAGCCAAAGUAAAGAGACCACAGCUGUUUUGUUACAGUGGAUCAGUGAUGGAGAAGUAUGAGAACCUCGGUAUGAUAGGGGAGGGCUCGUACGGGAUGGUGAUGAAAUGUCGACACAAAGAGUCUCGACAAAUGGUAGCCAUUAAGAAGUUCCUGGAGACAGAGGACGAUAAAAUGGUGAAGAAGAUUGCCCUGCGUGAAGUACGAAUGCUGAAGCAACUCCGCCACGAGAAUCUGGUCAACCUGAUCGAGGUGUUUCGGCGGAAGAAGCGUCUGUACCUUGUGUUUGAGUUUGUGGAUCACACUGCACUGGACGAUCUCGAGAAAUAUCCGAUGGGUGCUGAGGAGGGAUUCGUGAAGAAGAUCAUGUGGCAGGUCAUCAAGGGGGUGGAGUUCUGCCACUCCCACAAUAUAAUCCACCGUGAUGUGAAGCCAGAGAACAUACUCGUCUCAAAAAGGGGUGUGGUCAAACUGUGCGACUUCGGAUUUGCUCGAGCCAUCGCCCCCCCUGGUGAGGCGUACACGGACUAUGUUGCCACACGCUGGUAUAGAGCCCCGGAACUACUAGUAGGGGACACUAACUACGGCAAGACGGUCGAUGUUUGGGCCGUUGGGUGCCUCUUCUCUGAGAUGCUGACGGGGGAACCUCUGUUUCCAGGGGAAUCAGAUAUUGACCAGCUGUAUCUCAUCACCAAGUGCUUUGGUAACGUGAUAGCCAGACAUCGUGAGAUCUUCAGUCGUAACCCUCUGUUUGUUGGUAUUCGAUUCCCUGAGGCCAGAGAGUUGGAGCCACUAGAAAGGCGCUACCCACAACUCUCCCAGGCAGCCAAAGAUAUGAUCAAGUGGACCCUGAGACUGGACCCCAACGAUCGCCCAAGUUGUUCACAGCUGCUUCGACACGAGCUUUUUACAAAGGGAUCGUGGUCCGAGCGACUCACCACAGAACUGAGGUCAAAGGUUGAGAAGGAACUUGAAGACAAUCCGUUACUGAAAAGUCUUGGUAUUACCAUACAUGGAAGUUUGCACGACUCGAAGCAGAGAUCAAGUGAUAAAAUUUCCGCAGAACCUCAUCCGGUACCAAGAAAGGAGCGAGAUGGUUACGCUGCAGCUGGUCACGCUGGUCCAGAGGGUGGCGAUGAUGUGGCAGCAAAGAAAGAAAAGAAGAAGAAGAAAAAGCAUAAAGAGUCAUUGUUACAACACCGAGACAAAGCUCAACCAGAGAAACUGAAAAAGAUGAAGGAGGUUGCCCCGCCCCCUCCUCCUCCACAGGGACUUUCCCUGCCCCUAACACAGUCCCGGGUCAGUCUCACGAGCUCUCAUUCACAGCAACGCAAGGCACCACCUCCGGUACAGAUGCCUCGCCGAACAUCAGGUCUGGACGGCAUCAUGAUGUCUAAUGGGAAAGCUCCCGCCCCCUCCACACACUUCUCGUCCCACCUACCCUCACACUUCACACAGCGCACCUUCUCACCCCACCCCCCCUCACAAGCACACACCCCUAUCUCCACGUCUCGGCAAAGCUCCAUCAAAAUGCUGGGAAGUCCUCAAGCGCCACAAAUUGAUAACUCACCUCCGAAUAACUUACGAAGACAACUGGUUCAUAAUGUGUCGAACUCUUCGCUGAAUAAUGCCGGCCAACAGGUGGGGUAUGGGAUACGUAGUGAGCACCCGUCUGACAUCUCAUUGAUCAGCGAUAUAGGAACAAGACGACCAAACCGCCUCUCCCCCAACGUCCCAGACCGACUAAGUGAAGCACUGGGUUACACAACGUCACAUGAGCUGGCUCGGUCGCCCCUAGCAGCCUCCCCCGGCAAACACAUCAGCUCAUUCUCCAUUAAGAGCAAGUACUCUAAAAACAAGGACACCAUCCAGCUGCCUCAUAUGAAAGAGACAGAUCGUCACCACGUCAAGACCCUAAUGAAACAGUCCACUGUCCCCGUCAUACAAGGUGCUCCAGUUGUAUCAGCAUUCUCUGGAAUUUCAUUGGCUAGUGGGUCCCAGUCAGGUGUAGGCGGUCAGACCGGAGCUCGGGGGAUUAUUCUGGCUAACAUUCCACAGAUUUCAUCGCUGGAUUCCCUCAAAAACUCCAGUAUUAGGCCUCCGCCAUCAGUGCCAUCACCUCCCACACAGCACAAGAAUGACAGACAUCACCCUGAAACUGCUAGAUACCAUUACGUAUAGAUGUCUGUAUGUCAAUUUUUUGCACCUUCUAUGUUGAUGCUUUUUUGUA